AGGCUAGCAGUCAUGCUAACGGCUAACAACAAUGAGCCAUAUUUGGCGCACUAGCGGGCAAAAGUUUGAAUUCGGAACGAAGGAUCGGCUCGUCGCAGUUUAGUGUUUUAUUGAAAAAGCCACGGUGAAUUAGAAAUUAUGUGAAACUGGUGACUCGUGAUCAUGUUUGGCUUUCACAAAUCGAAGAUCUACCGGAGUAACGACGGCUGUUGCAUCUGCAAGACCAAGUCCUCCAGCUCUCGCUUCACAGACAGCAGUCGCUAUGAGGAGACCUUCAGGAUGUGUUUCGGGCUCUCAGAGGAUCGCGUUGGAGACAUUUGCAACGCCUGCGUGUUACUGGUGAAAAGGUGGAGAAAGCUGCCGCAUGGCUCCAAGAAGAACUGGAAUCACGUGGUUGAUGCCAGAGCUGGACCAGGCUUUAAAGUGACAAAACCCAAAAAGAUCAAAAACAGCGACGGAAAGAAAAAAAGCAAGCUGAAGAAACUUCACAAGUUGAAAAGGCAAAAUUCUGAUGCUCACAGCACAACCUCCAGUGUGUCUCCAGCCCAGUCUCCAAGUUACAGCAACCAGUCGGAUGACGGUUCAGACGUUGAAUCCAAACGACGUUCCAGUCCCUCUAUCUUUUCUUUCUUGGACCGAUCCUACUGGAAAAGGCAGAAGAUCUGCUGUGGGAUUGUGUAUAAGGGUCGGUUUGGAGAGGUGAUUAUAGAUCCUCGACUUUUUAAACCCUGCUGCAGUUCCAAAAACCAGAAAACACUGACACCUGCACAAGUGGCCACACACUUGCCAGAUACUCUUCCUCCUCAGCUCCCAGAAGACAUAGAAAGGCCUGGUGAAUGCUUUUGUUAAAACCCCCUCCUGCAUGGUUGUCCAUGGCGUUCACCUGGAUUUGUCUCCAGUGGCAGACCCCAUUUCUACUCUUAGAUUAGUGUGAUUCCUUUCUACCUUUAAUUCUGUUUUUGGUUUUGUUUUUUCCAUGUAAAGAAUUGUGUUCUUUCUAUUUUUUAUGGAAAAGGAAAAAAACGGGCAUUAGUUUUAUUUAUAGAACAUGGGGAAAUAUUAGUUUAUACCAAUGUUGAUUAAGAAUUGCAUUUUUGUAAUUUUAUUUUUGUAUCAAGUUUUUCAACUUUUUGUAAAUAGUGUCUUUUUUUUUAAACCUUUUUAUAAUGUCAACAUUUUGUGUUUAUCUGAGACACCAGCUUUUCAAAUAUCAACUUUUUUGUAUGUAUUUUAAAAUGGGUCUUCAUCUUGCUGCAAUGUGUUUUUAUUAUUUUUUUCCCAGGGAUCAUUAGCACAUCUUUCCUUUUUUUAUCAAUUUUAAAAUCUUUAGAUUUGUAUGUAGGUUAGAUAUAUAUUUUUCUUUAGAUGUUUGAGCUUUAGCAUGCUACACGUUUGAAACCCUCUUAGUUUGUUAAGCAGAAGGUGAACAUUGACUUGGAUAGAAAUGGCCAGGCCUUGCAUGCAGUUUAUUCCUCUGCUUUUUUUUAAUUACAAAAGUAAUUUAUUUCUUUUGUACAGACUUCCAUGAAAUUGUCAUGUUGUAAAGGAAAUGCUUUUGAAAUAUGAGUAAAUUCUUUAGUUUCGGCUUUUGGUUGAUCUAAAUCCUGCUUUACUUGCAGAAAACUGCAAGAAUAGCAAGCCACUACAUUCAAAGGUGUUGAGCUCGUUUUUGUUAUUCUCAGGCACAUUUUUCUAAGCGCUGAUGUAACUGCUAGGGCUCUGCAGAAAUCAAAGUUUCAGGGAAAAGUAGAAAUUUCACAGCAGCUUGUCUACUCUUAUUGCCUUCAGAAGAGCCGUUAAUGGCCACCCCGCCCUUUAGGUGCCCCUUAGGAGAAUGCUCUACGGUUGUGGCUCUUUAUAAAAAACAAAGGUGAAAUGAUCAAACUAUGCAGACGUUUUGAAUGUGAGAAGUGUUUUGAAGCUUUCUAUCACUUGGUUGAGCAUAAAGUGAUAGUUGCUUGUAACCAAAUUGGCUUUUAGUUUUUUUCAGCAAUAAUCUCACAUUCAUAGAAUUUGUCUUAAAAAUAUUGUGUUUUGUUUAUUUCAACAUGUAUUGCACAGUCAUUACUGUCUUGUUUUCAACGAAUACUGCAGUGUUAACGGUUGUGUCUUUACUAAGCUCAAACUAAAAUGAACUUUUUAAAGUUUCCCUUAAAAAGAUAACUGUUCUGUGGCAGGGUAGAUAAAUGCUGAAUAUUUCUAUGAUUAAAAGGAGAUAUGCUGCUUUUAGCUGGAAAAUAAGCUUUUUUUAUUCCUUCGGGAGUUGCCAUGUUUUUGUAAGGUACAUUUUGGGAUAAAAAAAUGUGCCUUAAUGAAUUUACCUGACUUUUUUACAUAACGAUUCUUAUGUAAUUUAUAUUUAUUUAUUACACCUUUAAAAAAAAAACAAUAAUUUUGAGGUAACUGAUGUAGACCCUUGCAGAAAGUCUUUUGAUUUUGUGCACUUCCUUUGAACACGCAUUGUAUGUUUUUGUAUGCCUUUUGUAUACUGUACCACAAAGUAGACCUGCCGAAUAAAAUGGAAAGGAGAAAGAAAA